UUCGACCAGUUGAACAUAGAAUUAUGCAUAAAAGUGAACCAGUCCAACUGUGCAUUUAAACAAUGGAUGUAAUUACAUCAAUGAUUAAAAAAGCGCUUGAAAUUUGGUGCAGACUUGUUACUUUGAUUAUUAAUAUUUACAAAACAACGGAAAACUUUGAAAGUAUAAGGCCAAAGAAGAUAAAACAUGGGAGCUACAAGCGUAACCGAAGUAGGUCUCUGCAAGGGAUGCAUAAAAAUAAAAGCCGAAAUCAACUCGAAAAGUCAUCGAAACAAAUAACCGAUCUUAGUCAUGAUUGUUUAGCAAAAAUUUUCAACUAUUUAUCUCUCAAAGAAAUGUUGAACGUUGCGCAUUCAAAUAAAUACUUGAAAGUGGCCACCGAAAUAAGUUUUCGGAAUGUUUAUGGAAAUCAUUUAAUGACGCUUUUUGAUGAGGACAUAUGUUAUAUUGAGACACCUACUGAGUUACAGGAAAAAAUAAAAAAAAGUCUGCAGCUUCUGAGAUGCUUUGGUCACUUUAUUUCUGGAGUGAAGUUUGAAACAAACCGAAUUCUCAGUCGGAGUUUACGUAAACAUUUAAUAAGCUACCUUGCCAAAUAUUGCACUGAUUCCUUGGUGAAAAUUCAAUUCGAUUCAAUCACGUGUAAUUUGUUGAUUAAACAAUUUGAAUUCAAAAAUACAUUUCCAAAAGUGCAAUCAGUAUGGCUUGAUUUUUAUGAAACAAAUACCUUUAAUUUGAUAAGACCAUGUUUUUCUUUCGAUGUUAUCUUUCCAAAUAUGGAACAUUUGACGAUCAUUUGUAAUUAUAGUUUUUUAUUUGAAUACUUCCUUGACAUAAGUUUUUUACGUGCGAUUUUUACGAAUGUUGAAAUUCAAACCGUCGAAAGAGUUGAUCGCUCCGUAUAUGUUUACCGUGAAUGUUAUAUGGAUCAAAUAUUUCCCGAAUCUGGCAGUGGGCCAAUGCAUCGAAAAAUUUACUCGAAGAAACAAAUUCGUAGAAUGGAUUCUUAGAAACAGUAUUUCAUAUACAUUCAUUAUAAUAAUACAAUAAUAACUUUUACCAAACUAUUUCUAAGUCAUAAGUUUAAAAUAUUUAUAGUAAACAGAACACCAGCAGUUUUUUUAAAUCUAGACCGAUUCGCUAUUUUUUUAAAGAUAUAUAGCUAUUUUCAAAAAAAGAGUGUCAAAUCCAUACUCAACAGACUUUUUUUUUUGCAACGUGAUCAUUAAUUGGUACGGAGAUAUUAUUGAGAACUCGUUAGUGCGAGUCUUUCCAUCUGUGAGCAUGUGGACCACCUCCGAAAUGAAUAGCAAUCAGAAUGUAUUUAUGCAUAAUUUUAUACAGGUGAAUUCAAAGUUUAGUGAAUUAUAUGAUCUGGAAAAUAAAAACUCAACAUCGUCACCUAGUUGUAUACGCAAAAGAGGCGAACAAAUAAUUUUGAGUGUUUUUUUGUUAGUUCGAAAUCAAAUCGACAUGAGCAAUAGUAGUAAGUGUAUUCAUCAUUUGUGUAUUCAUCAUUUGUUUAUUAAAAAUUAGGAACUGCAAAAAAAAACGCACACAAUAUAACCAAUCGUUUCUGUUUUGUGUACGCCAUUGAUUACUGCUCGAAAUCAAAGAUUUCAAUCAGUCUUGUGAUGGCAUCAAUACAAAUAAAGUCUGGAAAAUCCACUGAAAGUAAAUAAAACACUACCCUGUUUUUUUGGCUGAAGCAAAUGGUUGCAUGUUCGAUACAAAUUUUAUUCAAUACUUGAAGCUGAAUUAAAAAAAUUAGAGUUAAAUAUUUUCGCCACGAUCUAAUUGAAAAUCUUCAAAAAUAUUUGAUUUAAAUUUUUGAUUUUUAAAUGCAAACAGAUUUUGAUUGAA